CAAACCAUUCAGUGUUUUAGGUUAAUUAAAUCAAAAUGACAGCUGAUUUAAUAGUCGAUCCUCAAAUUCGAUUUUGGGUAUUUUUACCUAUAGUGGUGAUAACAUUUUUAGUGGGAAUACUAAGACAUUAUAUUUCUAUUCUUCUAACUACUCAGAAAAAGGUAGAAAUACAACAAUUGCAAGAUAGUCAGAUUAUAUUAAGAGCCAGGCUUUUAAGAGAAAACAGCAAAUACAUUCCAAAAAGCUCUUUCCUUAUUCGUCGAUUUGCAUUUAACAAAGAGGAAGAUGGUUAUCUCACACAAAAAAGGCCACCAGUUACUCAAAAUAUGAUGACGGACCCAGCAAUGAUGAGUGACAUGUUAAAGGGAAAUCUUACUAAUGUUUUACCUAUGAUUAUUGUUGGUGGAUGGAUUAACUGGGUGUUUUCUGGCUUUAUUACAACUAAAGUGCCUUUCCCCCUAACACUUAGAUUUAAAUCCAUGUUACAAAGAGGAAUAGAACUAUCACACCUCGAUGCAUCCUGGGUUUCAUCUGCAUCCUGGUAUUUCUUAAAUGUGUUUGGUUUAAGAAGUAUUUAUGCUUUAGUCUUGGGGGAAAAUAAUGCAGCAGAUCAAAGUCGACAAAUGCAGGACCAAAUGUCUGGAGCUGCCAUGGCUAUGCCUCCAGACCCAAAAGUUGCUUUUAAAGCUGAAUGGGAAGCUUUAGAAAUAAUAGAUCAUCAGUUUGGUUUAACAGAUGCCGAAAAUGAUGUGGUAUCGGCUAAUAAUUAGAAAUUAAUAGUUUGUUUUUAUUUAUUUCAUAUUUACCAAGCUAGUGCAGCAUAGGUGUUUUCAAAUUGUCAUAUACCUCUCAAAUGUUUACUAUGAAUAUACUUGGUAA